GCUCGGACAGGUAAGGGUUCUCGGCCAGGCCCUUCCCCGGCACCACCAUGAAGCUCUUCACGGCGGCUGUUCUGCUGAUCACGGUCUGCAGCCUGGAAGGCGCUGUGGUUCGGCGACAGGCCCCGGAGCCGGCCCAGCUGGAGGGGCUAGUGACUCAGUACCUGCAGAGCAUGUCCAGCUAUGGCAAGGAGCUAAUGGAGCGCGUGGGGGCCCCGGAGCUGCCCAACCAGGCCAGGGCCUACUGGGAGAAGACGCAGGAGCAGCUGGCGCCCCUAGUGGAGAAGGCGAGAACAGACCUGCUCAGCCUCUUCAGCACCUUGCUGGACCGCAAACCCCAGUCGGCCGCCUAGUGAGAGGCCCGGAGCCCCCCCGGAAACCGCCCCCUCAGCCCUUGUUUUCUACAAUAAACAUCAGAGGGGU